AUGGAAGACCUCCUGAACCUGUACCCAAGGGAAAGUAAAGGUUUAAGUGAAAACAAUUAUGGCUUGCUUAACGGGUUUGUAAUGGUCCCUCGCAGGAGAAAUGAAAAGUGUGGUGCCGCUGACAAUGUUAGGGAAGGAGAAGAAAAAAAGAAUGAAGACGCAGCGAAGGGAGGGACACAUUUUGACCAUGCAAAGGAAGUAGACUCAGAUGAUGGUUAUUAUGGAGAAGACGGACUGUACGAUAAUGCAAAUGAUAAAAAUAAGCUUCCCUUGGACAAAAACAAACACGAAAGGUUGAUAAAAAAAAUAUGCUAUCGUAACGAUUUAAAAUAUUACAAUUAUUACAUUAACAAUUUUGAAAAAAUAAAAAACAUCAAAGGCAUAAAGGAUAGGGGUGAAAAUCGAAUUUGUGUGUUAAUCCUUUGCCUAAAUUAUAUAUACUGUAAUUUAAAUAAUGAAAUCAUGACCAUUCAUGAAUUGAAAAGGCAAAUAAAAAAAAACAUCACCAAGACCAGAGUGUAUUGCAAAAAUUUAGCAAAAAUUUUAUUUAUCAUAUGUAGAGAAUUACAAAUAAAAAAUUUUACAAAAAAUGAUAUACUGCCAUAUAUGGAAAAGUGCAUUACUACAAUAAUUAAGAGGCUGAAAUUUGUGGAAGACAAUGUGGGACGUAAGGCGGACCUCCCCCAUGUGAGUAGGAGAGCCAACAUUUUUGAUGACAUUUUCGAUUUUAUAAAUAAUGGCUGCAGUGAUGACUUUGUGCUGGAGGAGGAUGGGGGGCUGUUCGAUGAGCAUACUUCAGAUGGGGAAGAUCUCUUCUCAAGAGGAAAGAACAGAGACGUCCGUGAUGAGGAGGUGAGCGAGGCCAAUCAUGGGGGCACUAUCCAUGAGAGGGAUACGUCUGACGGGGGAAUACCCCACGCAUCGCUAAACGAUACUGAUAAUACACAAAGUGAAAACUGCAGUAUGAGUGGGACAGAGGGGAAAAAAAGAAAAUCGAAAACACAGAAGAGAAAAAAUGAAAAAGACGAUGGAAAUGACAGGGAAAGGAAAAGGAAAAACAGAACAACGUCGAAAGAAGUGACAAAAGAUAUAGACAAAAAUGUGAUGAUUGAAUUUUUGGAAAAAAAUGUAACGUUGCUGUCUUUGUACUCCUGCGUGGUAUACACCAUAUUCAUUCUUUCGAAUCGAAUAGAAAAUAUGGAUACCAAUUUGUAUAACAAGGAGAGUAGAAGGUUCGGUGGGAAUUUGCAUUAUUUCCUGUGUUCAUCCAUCAUCAUCACUUUUGAUGUCUUCAAUGUAAAGAUAAAGGACCAGUUUGUUUGUUACUGCCUAGGUGUUGUCCAACAGACCAUAACAACGGAAAAGAAAAAAAUGCUGAAUUUCUUUUUAAGUAUGUUUAGUGAGUUUCUUGGAUUGGACGUACCCUCCAUUCAGGCAGUCCCCCUAUUCAUGCGCAUCAUCUUUAGCAACUACAUCCUCCUACAGAUGUACUUAUUUUACAUCAUACAAAAUUACCAAUUGAUAAAAAAAGAAGGCUUCCUACUCUCGUUGGAGCAAUUGCAAAUCUUUUUAGCUAAAAUGUUUGGGAUUAUUCACCAGACCUUUUUAAAUGUAGCAGACAUUUCUGUCGAUUACGAUUUGUUCCUUCGAUCGGAUUGGGUUUGUAAAAAUGUUGUUCAGGUCGUUUCUCAAAAUGAAGACCUUGCAACUGUGAAGAAGUUGUUAAAAGAUUUAACCAAAAGUUACCCAACGGAAGAGGAAAGGAAAACUCGGGGUGAAUACAGUUUUGAAGAGUCCUACCAGAUAGACUUGAACCAUAUUGAUUUGUACAUCCCUCGAAUGUUACAUCACUGCUUGGGGAUCUGUAAAGGGGAAAUUCUUCCUCCAACUGAUAAGCUACUUUCAUGCGUUUCUGUGGGGGGAGACAACAGUGUCCUUGACCAUCGCCACAAAAAGGAGGAAUUGGGAAAUGCGCUCGAGGUUAAGUCUUCAUUCCAAAACGCAACAGCAUGUGGGGAACACGCGUUUGACUAUCAUAGGGAUGUAUUCGAUGAGGAUGGUAUGGAUCGAAGUGCCUCCCUGAAUGGUAGUAAUAAUGACGGGAAGGACGGCCCCAAUACUUACGAGGAAGCUGCAUGUAGUAGUGUCGCCUGCUGCACCACGUGCUAUGGACCAACACGAAGUAGUAGCCCCAAGAACACCCCCUGUACAUGUGCACACAGAAAAAACCCCAACAGUGAAGUGAAGAAGCAACUGAAAAAUUGUCAAGAGGAAAUAAAACUGAGAAGAACACACACACCCGAUUUUGCAAAAGGGGAUACAUUAAAAAAACAAAGGGAAAGUGUGUCACUGGACUUGUUCUCCAAGCAUAUAAAAGUUUUAAAAAAAAUAAACCUACAAAAUAUACACGAAAUGAACAUGGAGAUAAUUCCAUUUUUUAACGUGAAGAUAGUUGUGCAGUUUUUAUUUUACAAUGUUUUGAAGAGCAUUAUUUACAAUUGUUACUCGCUGAGCUUUUUCAGUGUCCACAAUUUGCAUCGAUGCGUUAGCACCAAGAAAAGCGCAAAAGAUGAUUCACGUGUGUGUGCAGAAUUGAAAAAAAAAGGGGGGGAACUUCAUAACAUACCCAUGUCCGUUUUUCUAAAAAACAAAAUUGCCAGUAAAAUCAAAGAAAUGAAGGGGAAAAAAUACACCUUCGAAAAAUACAUAAUUUGUGAACAGUCCCACUAUAUAGAGAAGUUUAAAAAUUGUAAAUUCUUUGGAGAAAAUGCCAGGAGAUUUUUAAGUGACAAACAUGUUAAAUUGCACAGUGUUAAGGAUUUGUUCACGAACUGUGCUGUUGAGGAUGGUACGAAUGACUCCCCUCUCCUAGACACUUUCAGCGAAGGUACUUUUAAUGCCGCGGCUGUUCAGGCAGAGGGGCAGCAGACUCCCUUGUCCAGAAAUGACAGUUUGGCCGGGAGUAGCGAAAGUGGAAGUAGAGGAAGCAGCCGUGACACUGCUCCAAGUGAUCAGCGCGGAAUGAAAGGAAAUAAGAACAAAGUGAACCGAAGAAAUAACAACAGCAGAAAUGACCCCCACAACGGGAACAAAAUAAAAAUAGCCCUGUGCCACUACGACGUAGGCGUCCAAAAUUGCAACGCUUGCCACAACAGCCUAAAGGAGGAGCCAUUCAGCCUGUUCGAUUAUAUUUACAACAACAAAAAGAUGAAGGAAUACAAAAAUGUAGAGCAGUUAUUCACCAGAAAAAACUUUACUCUACUUUUUAACAUGUUUAACAAUGUCAAUUAUCCAUUCCAUGGAUAUAAAAAAAAAUUAGUAAAAAUGAAUGACUGUUUGUAUCACACAUACCAUUUAAUAGGCAUUAAAAAAAUUGCCGGCACUGGGUAUAGUUUCACCUACAAAAACGAGCUAAAUGACAAUUAUUACAAAGUCCUCAAAACGAAAAUUUGUAACAUUCUGUCUCUGCAAGAUAUUUAUUUUUUGUUUAGCAGAUUUUUUUAUUUUUUGUUUGCUUAUAUCAAAUCGCACUGCUGCUUUGGGGGAAAAACUGGCGACCAUGUUGGCACUGCCAACGAAGUAGAGCCGUCGUCACCGCAGCCAUCACAAGCAUCAAAGGUCUGUACCUGUAACAAGGCCAACUGCUGUUACAAAAUUAAGACCAUUGUGUUAUUUGGAAACGUCUAG